CUCCUCCCCUCCCCUCCCCUCAACUGAGUCUGGACUGGAGCGGAGUGGAGUGGAGAUCAAUCGAGACUUGAUUGAUUUGAUCCCUUCUCUUGCUUUGGUGAGGAGCCCUCGAUUUCCUGGAUGAAUUUUCGUUUUGUUUUCGAAAGAUUUUUGUUUUGUUUUUCGGAAUCCAAAUCUUUCUUGGAAAGAAAAAAAAAAUCAAAUAUUUCUUGCUGGGAUGGAUACACCGGUCCGUGCAGUUUGUCGCGGAAUUUUCUUUCUUGGAUGGUAUUCCAGUUCGUCUAGUUUGUUGCAGAUUUGUUUGCUGUGCUCCGGGGGUACUAAAACCGCUUUAUUUUCCUAAAUCUUGCUAAACCCCUAAAUUGCCAGGGGUUUUGGUCGCGAGUGAAGAGCUUCAAUACUUUUUCUUGGAUGGCCCCUUGCGUGAUCUUGGGCCAUUGGUGAAGGCGCAGAGGUUCUUCUGGUCACAGGCACUGAGUUUUUUUUCUGCUCUGUUGCCAUGGCCGCGGCUCCAGUGAUGAAUGGCAACAAUAAUGACGUUGACAGCAAGGCUCGCAAUGUAGUUGUUAAAUCCGAAAUCGUGGAUACGGUAAACGGCGAGGAUGACGUGCCUCAGCACACGGUGCCUGCCUGUACUGAUCCCAUGGUGACAUUUGGCUCUCUGGGUAACAUGGUUGCUGAUGAUGUUCAGUUUGCUUAUGAUGAGCAUGGGGACAGCACAGAGUGCUCGAGCUCGUUCAGUGCUUCUUGCUCUGUGUCUGAUGACGACAUGGAAUCAGCCACAAGUGCCAUGGAAGUGGAUUCACUGUUUCAUUCACAUAUCAAUGUGGAUGAUACCACUGCUGUGCCACAUUCGGUCAGAAAGAAAAAAGUGACAGCUGAAUGGAGAAAGUUUAUUGGCCCAGAAAUGUGGCGAUGUAAAUGGUUAGAGUUGCGUAUGAAGGAUCUUUUGUCGCAAGUAGCAAAGUAUGACAAGGAACUUGCUUUAAUCAAUCAUGAAAAAGAUCUGCAGUUGGAGAUGAUUAAAGCAGAUAGUCCUGAAUCAGAAUGGCCACAAAUAGCUCUCCAAAGCCAUGAGAGCAAUACCAUGAAGAGGAGGAAACGGAAAAGACAUGAAGACAUUAUGGACACCUCAUUGUACGCUGAAAGGCACCAAAUAUUAUCCUAUUACCAUGAAAAACAAAAGAAAAAGACCGAAACAGAUGAGGUCUUGGAUGAUGAUGAUUCUAACAGUUUAGCUGUUGAGAACACCAUAAGAAGUCUUGGUUCAAAUGAUACAUUGCUGGAGUCCAAGGAAAAUGAUACUAUCUUAGAACAAUAUUCUUUAAGAGACAUUCUUUCAUCAAUUGAUGGUAUCCAGUCCAGAAUCAUUAGUCUUCAAAAUCAUAUCAGCGAGGCUCAGAAUAAUGUAGACCAUAGCCAAAAGACUCAAAAGGCUCAGAAAAAGAAGGAUAUGCAUAGUUUCCUUCGAAAAAAGGAUAUGGGUAGACCACUUGGCGCAGCAUCAUCUAUCUUAUCAGAUAGAUCCACUGAUCGUGUAAUGGAAUAUGUGAAGAGAAAUAUUGUGGAACCUGGUGCUGUUGAUAUAACACAACAAGAUGAUGAAAUCACAGUUGAGAUGCUCUUCGGUGUAGAUAAUCCCCUAAUUGAUGCUCGUAUUGGAGGGUUAUACAAAGAAAGUGCCGAUGAUGUCCUAAUAGACAAUCAAGCAGCCAGGGAAGAAGGGUAUUGGCUGUUUGAAAGGGUCAGCCAGACAGCAGAGACACAACCAGAGCUAGUUAAGAAUGUUGCUGGACACCCUUCUUCCAAAGAAGUAAAAACUAGUGCACAGGUGGGGGACGAUCUUGUUUCCAGAACAGCUCCAAUUGUGAAGCUUGUAAACAAGCGAGGGCCAAAACCAAAGAAGAAACAUGAUAGCACUCUGCCUCGUACAGAAGACCAAAUAGAAAAGAGUCAUACUAUACAUACAAAGAAGAAAAAGACGGAGAAAGACCUCAACAAUGCAUACAUUGAGAAGACUAUGUUGGUAGCUGUAGACACGCGGAGGAGCCAUCGAGUACGAAAACCAAAAAUAUACUGAAGUAAAUGAGUUCCAGGGAUGCCAUUAUCUGUAUUGGUGGAAAUUCUUUCUUUUGCUCUCAAAAGCUGCAGCAGCUCGGUUGCCAUGUAAUUGGCUUUAAUUGGCUUUGUAAAAAGAUUGGUUAGGAAAGAGAAUUUCAAGUGACAUCUCAUUAUUUUUUGGAAGUAGCCUUUCUUUGAACGUAGCAACAAUCUGCUGAGUUCGCACGUUGUGAACUUCCCUGCUAGUUUUGCAGACCUAGCAGCGAUUUUUUUUUUGGGUAGCAUCCUUCUUGAGUUUCCCUGCUAGCUUGACUGAAAUCUUUUCUA